AUGCCAUCAUUCGACACUAGCACCGUCCUGGUAGACGACGGCGACAACCGUAUUCAGUACUCACCUGGUUGGUCAGAAGACUCGGGUUCGGGUAUCGUCGAGGUCGACUCUACCCGACACGAGGCAUCUCAGGGAGGGUUAACGGCUUCAUUGACUUUCUCCGGCACACGUGUUAGCGUCGUCGGUACCCGGGACGACUCAUCGUCGCACGGACAGCCAAACACGGCGUACUUCAUCAACACCGUUCUGCAGGGCACCUACAGUGCGCCGUUCACUGCGCUGGGAGACGUAUUUUACAAUGUCACUUUCUUCACGUCGCCGACGUUGCCCUUCGGAGACCACACCGUGACCAUCACGAUGGAGGGUGGGACCGGGACCGGCCCACAAAUUUUCGUACUAGAUUACUUCCUUGUCGACACUGGCCAGCCGUCCUUAGGUCCUCCUGCUGCGACUCUGCCUCCUGCUGCGACCCCACCUCCUUCUGCGACCCCGGACCCACCGCGUUCGACGACCUCUCCCUUCUUAGCUUCUUCCACUUUCACUUCAACGUCAAGUCAUAAUUCAUCUUCUAACGGCCCCUCGAGCGCGGCUACCGCCACCUCCUCAGCUAUCGCCACCUCCUCGGCCCUGUUCUCACAUUCUGCGCUUUCUUCCGACUCGACUGCUCUGCCUGCCUCCCAAACUCCUUCCGUGUCUGGAGUGAUCCAGAACAGCCAGGAUUUGCCCACGAUGGCGUCGACGUCAACCGCACCCGAGAUAACCACAGGCAGUCCUAUCCCUAUAUCGUCGACGCAUACAACACACCCGUCCAUCGUCGGGUUAGCGUUGGCAGCAGUAGCUGGCGCUUCCGUUCUCGCCAUAUCAGUUAUUCUGAUAUGGUGCGUGAAGCGCCGACGCAGGCGUCGCAAUUAUGUUCUGAAGUCCAUCCCUUCGCAGGAUCAGCUCGGACCGGAUCAGGCUCUCCCGAGUUCAACACAUCGCGACGUCUCAAGCGCGACAUCCUGCCUCAUCAAUCAGUGGACCGUGCCACUACUUACCUCGGAGUCGCACACGCACCUCAACCAAGCCUGCGAGGUGCUCCACAUACACCCCUCCGCAGCAACAUUGGACUCAGUGUCUGUUAUAGCCCGUCACUCUCAGUCCGUCAUGGCGUCCGACUAA